UAGAGAGAUAGCAGCUCAGUGCUUUAAUUUGAACUUGUGAAGAGAGAGGCAGAGAGAGAGGGAGAGAGAGAGAAGACGGGGUCGGAGAUCCGAUUAGGGCACGAUUUGGAGCACCCAUUGGAGCUAGCGAAGUGAGAUUGGGAUCCGCAUUUUUGUUGGAAGAGAUGAACGGGAGGCAGAGAUCUGGUGCGGCUACGGUGCACCACCAGAGACAGCUCUCCGACACCUUCCUCGACGGUGCCCCCUCCAGUGGCCGAUGGCUUCAGUCCGCCGGUCUUCAGCAUUUCCAGUCUGCUUCUGGCAAUGACUAUGGAAACUACGGUGGAAACCAGGCAACAAGAGGAUUCAGUAAUGGGCAGCGAGGUUUUAAUGGUGCAAAUGAAAUAUAUGGAGAGCUUACUUCUCCUCAGUACGGUUCUCGCCCGUCUAGCCAGAGAAAGAAUGGCGAUGAAUCUGAGUUUAGUCACGGGCUAUUAGAUCUGCAUUCUUUUGAUACUGAGCUUCUUCCUGAGAUUCCAGUCUCUAGUCAAUUAGAAGGUCCCUCCAUUUUCAAUCCUAAUCAAGGUCGUAGCUUUGAUGAUGACUUUGAAACCUACAACAAGCUGCCUGGCGGAAGACGUGGGUUGGCUGAAAACUUUGCCGUUGAGAAAGAAAGGAUGAAUUCUGUUGCAAAGAUUAAAGUUGUUGUACGUAAGAGACCGCUUAACAAAAAGGAGUUGGCGAAGAAUGAGGAAGACAUUGUUGAAACAUAUUCCAACACUAUAACAGUUCAUGAAACUAAACUUAAGGUUGAUUUAACAGCUUAUGUGGAAAAACAUGAAUUUGUUUUUGAUUCUGUACUAAAUGAGGAAGUCUCAAACGAUGAGGUUUACCGUGAGACUGUGGAGCCUGUAGUCCCCCUCAUUUUUCAGCGCACCAAAGCCACUUGCUUUGCAUAUGGGCAGACAGGUAGUGGUAAAACCUAUACCAUGAAACCGUUGCCUCUUAAAGCUUCAAGGGACAUACUGAGGUUGAUGCACCACACGUACAGGAACCAAGGGCUACAGUUGUUUGUCAGUUUCUUUGAGAUUUAUGGAGGAAAACUAUUUGAUCUCCUUAGCGAUAGGAAGAAGCUGUGCAUGAGAGAGGAUGGUAAGCAGCAAGUUUGCAUCGUGGGCUUGCAAGAGUACAGAGUGGCAGAUGCAGAGACGAUUAAGGAUCUUAUUGAGAAGGGAAGUGCGACAAGAAGUACUGGGACAACUGGUGCAAACGAGGAAUCCUCCCGUUCACAUGCUAUACUUCAGCUCGCUAUCAAAAAAUCAGCAGAGGGAAACCAGUCAAAGCCUCCUCGUCUUGUUGGCAAGCUUUCCUUUAUCGAUUUAGCUGGAAGUGAACGGGGAGCAGAUACAACAGACAACGACAAGCAGACAAGAUUGGAGGGAGCAGAGAUCAAUAAGAGCUUGCUUGCCUUAAAGGAGUGCAUAAGAGCUCUAGAUAAUGAUCAAGGUCACAUACCUUUUAGAGGGAGCAAGCUAACCGAAGUUCUCAGGGAUUCGUUCAUGGGAAAUUCACGCACUGUCAUGAUAUCUUGCAUAUCUCCGAGCUCUGGAUCAUGCGAACACACCCUUAAUACCUUGAGAUAUGCUGACAGGGUGAAGAGUCUCUCGAAGGGAAAUAAUUCUAAGAAGGACGUAUCUUCUUCAAUUGUAAAUCUAAGGGAGUCAACAAAAUUUCCAAUUGCUUCGGAACUGCCACCUCCAUCUAACUUUGACGAUGACAUGAAUGAAACAUGGGCUGAAGAUGAUAACGAUGAAUUUGAUGCAUCUGAUUACGAGCAAGAGAGACAAAUGUUGAAGAAGAACGGGAAGAUAGAGCCGUCAUCCUAUAAUGUCCCUGCACAGGACAGAAUGCAGAAACCUAGUAUUCAGAUGAAGAAGACAAGGGACAUGCCGAAACCUGACAUGAAGAAGUCAAACUCUGACAACGAUCUAACCAUACUUUUGCAGGAAGAAGAAGAGCUUGUGAACGCACACCGCAAACAAGUUGAAGAGACCAUGAAUAUCGUGAAGGAGGAAAUGAACUUGCUGGUAGAGGCAGACCAACCGGGGAACCAACUCGACGGCUAUAUUACGAGAUUAAACGCCAUUCUCUCUCAGAAAGCGGCAGGUAUUCUCCAACUACAGAACCGUCUUGCUCAUUUCCAGAAACGGCUAAGGGAUCACAAUGUGUUGGUAUCUACUACUGCUGGGUACUGACCCGAAAAGCCCGACUCACUAACGGGUCCUCAUUUUACUGGACCUAAUCCCGGGUUUUGGCUCUCAAGAAAAAAAAAAGGGUUCCGUGGCGGUGGCGGUUGCUGUGGCUUGCCAGUUUCCCUAUCUAUUGAACCUCCAUCCCCUUCUUGAGAAUCUACAGAGAAGUAUUGAAGGGAUUAUUAUGUAAAGAUUAUAUGCUCUCGUGCUGUUUUUUUGUUUUUAAUUAAAAAAUUCCUCAGCUCUUUACGUUUUGAGAUCUUGUUUUGUAUUUGUUGCAAGAGAAGGAGAAGGAUGUAAUAUACAACAAUGUACUUGAUGAUGAUGAUGGUGUUACAGUUACUUGUUCAGCUGUACCAGAGUCAUCAUUAUGCAUCUUAAUACCAUAUUUUAUGCUGUCUUUGACUA